CAUAAGCAACAAAACAAAAAAGAAGAAGCAGAAGAAGACAAUAGCGGAAGUAUACUAGAGAGUUCCUGCAGUUCCAGACUUAACAUCCUGCUGUGAUGGCUUCAGAGGAGGAAGCCAGUCUGCUGGUCAUCGUCGUGGACGUGAAUCCGAUAUGGUGGGGCCAGCAAGCUCAACGAGAGCCGCAGUGCAGGAACAACAGCCCCUGUCCUCCUCUUGUCUCCGCGCAGUUCACCUUGUCCAAGUGUUUGGACGCAGUCAUGGUGAUGGGGAACUCACACUUGGCCAUGACCAGGGCCAACAAGCUGGCUGUCAUCGCAAGCCACUGUCAAGACAGUCACUUCCUGUAUCCCUGUAAGAGCUGGAGAGGCGAGGACAACUGUGGGGAGGAGGCCCCCUCCAGCGGGGAUGGAAAAUAUGAACUGCUUGCAGUUGCCAACAACCUCAUCGCUGAAGAGAUCAAGAAUGUUAUGUCAAAAACUGAAGUGCAGGGGAAUUCAACGGACACUAUGUUGGCUGGAUCUCUUGCCAAAGCUCUCUGCUAUAUUCACAGGGUGUCCAAGGAGCUGGAAGCUGGGCAGGAUAUCAAAUCAAGAAUACUGGUGAUCAAAGCAGCUGAGGACUGUGCCCUCCAGUACAUGAACUUCAUGAAUGUGAUUUUUGCUGCACAAAAGCAGAACAUCUUGAUCGAUGCCUGUGUAUUGGACUCAGACUCAGGUCUCCUUCAGCAGGCUUGUGAUAUAACAGGUGGAUUGUAUCUCAGGAUACCACAGAAAGUUGCCAUGGCCCAGUAUCUUUUAUGGGUGUUCCUCCCCGACUCGGAGCAGCGUUCCCAGCUGGUCCUGCCGCCGCGCGUUCACGUGGACUACAGAGCUGCGUGUUUCUGUCAUCGCAAUCUCAUCGAGAUUGGUUAUGUGUGCUCUGUUUGUCUAUCAAUAUUCUGCAACUUCAGCCCCAUCUGUACAACCUGCGAGACUGCCUUCAAAAUUCAUCUUCCACAGAUGGUGAAGCCCAAAAAGAAAAAACUCAAGCCUCUGUCAUGAUUUUUGGUGGGAUUUCCCUGAGUUCAUUUCUGUUUUUAUACUCAGAUUGUACUAUUAGAUAUGUUACAAGCAUCAAUGAAGCCCUAGAAAUGUCUUUGAAGCAACACAAACAUAUUGAACAUGUUAACUUGACCCCAAUCAACUGUUAGUACUCAUACAGGGAUGCCAAUAUUUGAUCAUUGCAUAUUUGGCACACAGUUCAGUCUGAAACAUUUUUUCUGCUUUUGUGAUUGUUAUUUAUAAUGACGGCUAUAACAUGCACAAACUGUUCACUCAGUCUACAAGUUUACUGAGUUAAUGCUUUGGAAAAAAGUGACAUUGGGCCUUUUUGUGAUGUUAGUUUUCUUUUUAAAUAAAACAAGUGUAUUCUUCCA